AUGGCUGACAUGGACACGUACAACGAAGAGCAGCGCGGCUACGAAGUCUUCGAGCCGCCGCUGACACGUGCUCCAGACGACCGCGACUACGGACGUGAGCGCUCGCGUUCUCCAGGCCCGGACCGCGACGGUGACACCAGGAUUCGCGACGAGCCGGCCAACGGGCGCGGCGAGCGCGACCACCCGCCGGAGAAGCGUGGCCACGACGACGGCGCCGCCAACCCAGGCUCCAACCUCUUCGUCACCGGCAUCCACCCACGCCUCAGUGAAGACGAGGUCGCGACGCUGUUCGAGAAGUACGGCACCGUGGAGAAGUGCAACAUCAUGAAGGACCCACACACCCGCGAGAGCCGUGGCUUCGGAUUCGUGAAGAUGGUGACCGCAGAAGGCGCCGACGCAGCCAAGGAAGCGCUCCAAGGAGAAGUGUACGAGGGCAGGACGCUGAGCAUCGAGAAGGCGCGUCGUGCCAGGCCGCGUACUCCGACGCCCGGCAAAUACUUCGGACCACCAAAGAGAGGUCCGCCCCCACCACGUUCUUACUACUACGAUCCCUGUCCGCUCGACCCCUGCUACCUUUUGGGUAGUGAUCUGGCACUGCUGACACCUGUUAUAGAUGACCGUCCUCCAGGCCGUGGUGGAUUCCGCGACCGCUACGACGACCGCGGCGGCUACGGCAGGCGCGACGAAUACCGCCGUGGAGGUGGUGGAGGCUACCGCGAUAGAUACGACGACCGCGGGUACGGCGGCGGAAGACGCGACGACUACCGCGGAGGAGAUCGCUACGGCGGCGGCGACAGGUACGAGGACAGGCGCGGCGGAGGCUACGGCUCGUACGACAGGGCUCCUCGUGGACCACCACCGGACGCCGCUGGGUACGGAGGUGCCGCUCGUGAUGCCCCGCCACCACGCGACUACGACGACCGUCGCCGUGCCUACGAUUAA